GACGUCAUCCGGCUGUCGUUUUUUUGCGGCGCCGCAUGAAGUCGAACAAGCCUAGUGAUUUUCACGGUCACAUGUGAGACUACCAUUGAUGAUGGUGUUUGUCUGUGUUACAGUAGAAGACCACAGAGAGACCAAAGACAUCCCUUAACUUAAGAUAUACAGGCAGAAUAUCAGAAAUCCACAAACUGUGUGCAGCUACUGAAGUAAAGCCAAAAGAUGGCCAUGGAUAAGCCAGUUUGUCUCAUUGACACAAAGUCAGAUGGGAAGCUGUAUGUACAGGAGUCAGCGCUGCAGAUCCUGCUGAAGAUCGAUCAGCCGGUGGUGGUGGUGGCUGUGGUCGGUCUCUAUCGCACCGGGAAAUCUUACCUGAUGAAUCGACUCGCUGGAAAACAAACAGGGUUUGAAUUAGGCAGCACAAUUGAGUCCAAGACGAAGGGCAUCUGGAUGUGGUGUGUGCCCCACCCCAGUAAAAAAGAAACCACUUUGGUGCUGCUGGACACUGAGGGACUCGGAGAUGUGGACAAGGGGGACUCAAAGCAUGACACCAACAUCUUCUGUCUGGCUGUGUUACUGAGCAGCACUCUGGUAUACAACAGUCGAGGGACGAUUCAAAACAAGGAGGUUGAAGAGCUGCAAUAUGUUACUGAACUAACAGAGUGCAUUAAAGUCAAAUCAUCUGAUGAGGAUGCUGAUGAGUCAAGCGAGUUUGUGAAGUUCUUCCCUAGUUUUAUCUGGGCUGUAAGAGACUUCACCCUUGAGCGAAAGAUUGAUGGCAAAGAUGCAACAGAGGAUGAAUACCUAGAAUUUGCUCUCAAGCUAAAACCUGGCACUGGAAGAAAAGUGAUGGAGUACAACCUGCCCAGGGAGUGCAUCCAAAAAUACUUCCCUUCAAGGACAUGCUUCACUUUUCCGUUUCCAACCGCUCCAGAGAAUGUAUGUCUCCUGGAGAGCUUAAAUCCUGCUGACCUUUCCCCUGACUUCCUAAAGGUCACAGAUAGUUUCUGCAAGUUUGUCUUUCAGAAUAGCCAGACGAAGAAGCUGAAAGAAGGAUAUAGAGUCACUGGCAGGGUUCUGGGUAAUCUUGCAAAAACAUACGUGGACACAAUCUCUAGUGGGGCUGUGCCAUGUCUGGAGAAUGCUGUGAUCGCUAUGGCAACGAUUGAGAAUGAGGCUGCAGUGAAGGAGGGGCUUGAUGUCUAUGAGAGUGGAAUAAAGAAGCUGAAGAACUCUUUCCCUCUGGAACUGAAGGUUGUGUCCUCAGAACACCAACGCCUCAGCAACCUGGCAACACAAACCUUCAUGAAGCGUUCAUUCAGAGACACUGAUGGGACGUACCUAAAAUCUCUUGAGGAAAACAUUAAGAAUCUCUUUGAAGGAUACCUAAUUCUAAAUGAGCAAGCUUCAAAGAGUAAAUGUGAGGAUCUUCUGUCAUCCCUGACGGCACCAAUGAUGGAAAACCUCAAGCAAGGACUCUAUGCCAAACCUGGCGGCUAUAAUCUUUUCUGCAAGGAUCUGGAGGACGUUGUGCAAAAAUAUAACAUUCAGGCCAAAAAAGAAGUCAAGGCUGAAGAGGUCCUGGAUGAGUUUCUGAAGCAGAAGUCUGUGGAAUCUAAAGCUAUUUUGCAGGCUGACAAAAAACUAACUGAGAAAGAGAAAAAGAUUAAGGAGGAACAAGAGAACGCUGCCCUCUUGAAGCAGGAAAUCAAAGCUAAAGAGGAGAAGCAACGACAACUUGAAGCAAAGAUGGAAGCGGAGAAACGUAGUAAUAAAGAGAGGAUGAUACAGAUGAAGCAGAAGAUGGAUGAAGAGAUGAAGCAUCAGAGAUUGGAAGCUGAGCGUGCCAUGGAAAGUAAACUCAGAGAGCAGGCGGCUCUGCUGGAGAAGGGCUUUAAUGAGAAGGCAGACAGGAUGACUCAGGAGAUGGAGGAGUUCAAGAGACAGAGCGCUGAAGCUGAGAAGAAUCGAGCAAAAGAGUUUCUAGAGAUGUUAGAGAACUCCAACCAGAGACAUGAAGAGUCAAUGGCCAAGAUGAUGGAGCAACACAGAGAACAAAUGAAAGCCUUACAAGAUAUGGAUGAAUCCUCUUCAGAUGGAUGUUGGAUCUUGUAAAGAGAAUAAAUUAAAUGAUAGCCAGUCUCAGAGGCAUGCAAUUGCACAAUACAAUUACAGCAUAUAUAAAGGUAUACAUUUACAAUUAAACGGUACAGUAUAGUAUUGAUCUCAAUGUCCAGAUGAAACUUCAAGGAAAAUAGUAAAUGUCACUGUACAGGUAUGUUUUCUGUACCUUGUGUACAUGACUAACCUAUGAUUUAUUAUAAUUACAUGCAUAGCUGACAUUGAUAUUAUCUUUAUUCAUAAGCAGUGACAAAAUACUGUUAAUUCAAUGUUAAUAUAUUUCUCUGGUGUUGCAAUACAUGAAGGCAUCAAAUAAAGAUGUUUAUGUGUGAAGAACACAAAAAAG